AUGGCUAUUGUCCGCGAUUUAUUUGGAGGAGCUAUUAAGCUUCCCGUCAAUAAUUCCUUUCUCGAUGCAAGCCAAAUUCGUCAGGUUCCGGAUAAUCAAGAAGUAUUUGUCGACAUGAACACGCAGCAAAGUCUUAUUAUCGAACUGCUCGAACCGGUAGAACAUGAGCACGAGGAUGCUGCAAAAUUUCACUUUCAGCAGCUGGCCGAAGACAACGAUGCUUUGAGCUAUGAAGUGCACAGCAUAGAAAGACUCAACCCUGUCACUACCGCUCCUCACCUCCCAUCGGAAACGACGCUCGUGUAUCUUUUGCAAGGUUCACAGCAAGUCGCCAAGUUCAAUGAAGCCAAGGAAAAUGCGUACAAUACAGUGGCUAUCACCAUGAUGGUGAUUCGGUUAAAACAGGUCACUACUGAUUUGGUGAUUUCCAUGAAUGCACCUGUGGCUGUCGCACCGGGCAGCAGUGAACAGCCGUCAACGACGAAUGAUCUGACCGCCGUAGCGCAAGACAUGAUGGGGAUGAUAUCACAAUUGAAAAUUGAAGAUUGGGGGCUUUUUGGUGCAUAA